CCGCAGGCUAGUAAGAAACUCCCACUAGCUUCGUCCGGUGGGCUCCUCUCAGGCGGCUAUCGCGGGGCUCUGGUGGGGUCGCCAGGGAUAGCUUCUGGCCAAUCUCGCGCUCCCAAGGGCCUUUUUCUUACCCUUCUGCUCAUAAGCGGUACACGAGAUAUUCAAUUCUUCCAACCGAUACCGUUUGUAGGAGACCCAAGCCACUGCUCCGACACACCAGCAGCAACAUGUCCGCAACACAGCAGCCCGUCUCAGUCCUCUUCGUAUGCCUCGGCAACAUCUGCCGUUCCACCAUGGCGGAGGGCAUCUUUCAGCAUCUAGCCAAAGACCCAAAAUACAUCGGCAAGAUUGGCAAGAUUGACUCGUGCGGUACCGCCGCCUACCACGCCGGCGAGCCUCCCGAUGACCGCACCAUGUCGACGCUGGAGGGUAAGGGAAUCGAUGACUACGAGCACCGUGCCCGUCGACUUCAAUCCUCCGACUUUGACAAGUUCGACUACAUCUUUGCCAUGGACAAGAACAACCUCUCUGACCUUACUCGUAUGCAAAAGGGAAACCCUGACGCCAAGGCCCAAGUCAUGCUUUAUGGCGAGUACUCGGGCAGCGGAAAGGCAGAAGUUGUAGAAGACCCGUACUAUGGCGGGCAAUCCGGCUUCGACAAGGCGUAUGAGCAGUGCUCCCGAUUCGCCAACCACUUCCUCAAAGAGGUGGUGGAAAAACAAUGACUAUACCCACAUAUACCAAAUAGCAGAGUGGAAAAGGAGAGAUUGUAACGCAUCUAUAGUAAUACUAAUGAGUAAUCGUC